AUGGAGGUGGCCAUGGGCGAUGAUAGCUCGGGGUGCAGCCUCCGUCGCGUGGCUCGGCGUCCGUCGUAUAUGUACGUGCCUACCUCAAAGGAGCACGCGGAGACAUGGUCUCGCCUGAUCUCCAAGAUCGAGUCUUCCUACAAGGAGGCGCAGCUCCGUCUCGCCGUCGCCGUGCGGGGGACGAAGCGGCCCGCCACGACGCUCCUCGACGCCGGUGUCUGCAUCGGCCUCCUCGACCCUGUCUCCAACAUCAUGGUCAACACCAUCUGCACCUCCGACCGCUGGCCGGAGCCGGACCUCCAAGAAAAGGUCUUAUUGGCCGCCGGCGGCUCCGUCGUCGUCGAUGACGACGAUGAGAGGCUGGACCAGAUGCGCCGCCGCUCCCUGCUGGGUCUCGUCGCCUUUCUAGUCUACUUCUUUCCCUACCUCGCCGAGUGGGAGGCCGUGCGCUACCUGCUCCUCGCCGACGCCGACCUGCUCUGCGCCGUCCGCACCAUCGUCGCCGACCGCGGCAUGUUGCUGCGCUUCUCCCUCGACUCACCCGUGUCCGCCCCGGCCGUCGAGGCGGCGCUCGCGCUCGCUGCGCAGGUCGCCAAGCACCCCGAACCCAACCACCUCGUCCGUGUCUGGAUGCUGCUCUCCUCCCGUCCGCACCAAGCCGCCUUCUCCCUCCUCUCCGAUCAGCAGCACUCUUCGUCUCCCAUCGAGGACGACCUCGAUCGCCGGUGGUUCAAAGCGAUGCUCCAUGACCCCGUGGCUCCCAACCUGGCCAUAUCCUGGGAUCUCGCUGCUUCACGAGCUCCAUACAGCAAUGCCGCCAUUACCAAUAUGCCAUAUCAGCACACCCGAUCUUUGCAAAUGGUGCUCCUUGACACGAUCCAUGGAUUCUACCUGCAGGCGCUUGCCAGGCUACCGUGCGGCGAGCUGCGCUCUCACCUUCACCGCAGCCUGCUCAUGGCCGGUUACUGCUACGGACCCAUGGACCCGGUCUCAAACAUCAUCUACAACACCAUCUGGCACCAUGCCAAUUUCCCAGCAGCAGUCACCCCGGUGCUUGAAGUUAUCGGCCCAAAAAGCCUCACCCGCCUAGAAACCCGCUCCUUCUAUGGGCUUGUCUCCUUCAUCCUGACUCGCUACCAUCAUCUGUCCGGGCACCAGGCCGUGCAGUGUCUGAUCGCUGCCUGUGGUCAGCUGUCCCUUGCUGAUCCUAAGCUCACGAUCAUGUCUGCUGGAGAUGAUCAGGUGGCCAAGGGGGAACAAGAACAACAACAUCAUCACCAACGCCGCUCAUCAGACAGUCAUCAUCUCUGUCACUGCAUGUGGAACCACUACGAUGAAGUCAUCAGAAAUGUGGAGCAGCAAAGCCCAUCUACCAGUGUCCAAGAGGCUUACAUGGCCGCAGCCAUCGCGGCAUGGCAUCCAAACCCUGACGAGCACGCUACAUUCCUUGCUUCUUGGAAGGGAGAUCCGGUGGUGAUGAACCAGCUCACCUCUGAAGAUGUGCACCAUUGGUCUAAGCUUAUGUCUCCAGAACAGCCACCAACUCCUGAACGAGUAUGCAAGUCCGGUUAUCCUGUCAGAUGUGGAAAGAAGCGCUCCCUGGCUCAGCAGAGAAGGGUAUCAAGAAAGGUGAAAGCUGCAUUGCACAAGCACCUGCUGCAGGAUGGGAAACCUGCAUAUGAUCUUCAUAUCAUCUCCUGUGUGAAUGAGGAUGUAUGUGGCCCGGAGUAUUGCGAUGAUAUUGAUGAAUCCCUGUCAUGUGCUCCCUAUCGCUACCUUUACACUCAUGUCAACUUCUUGGCCACUCGGAAGGAUUCACUGUCCAGUGCCUCCUAUCCGACACUCUUCUUUGCUGAAUUUGAUAAUGAAAAGGAGGAUAGUGCACCCCUUGUGUGCUGCCCAGUGCAGGAGCCAAUAGCUUUUGCCGCAUAGCAUGUUCGAUGCCUAUACUGCGAGGCUGCAGGAGCAAGGGUUGUGCAUCCAACUUCUAUGGAAUUCCAUGGAGGAGGCAGCG